CCACUAGUCGUGUCCUAGAUAAAGAAUUACUCAUGUUUCAGUUAUAAUCCCAGCUUAAAACUGGACUUGUUCAUGUUAUUCGCUUUGUGAUUUCGUAACAUACCUUUAAACGCCACCUAUCGGACAGGUAAACGAAUACCAAAUAUGGCGACCGAGUAAACAACGAUAUUACUGUUACACGACAGAAACUUGAUAAGGUGUGACUUACUGAUAUCUGAGGAGAAUUGAUUCUUGUAAACAAUCGGCAAAUAAAACAGUGAGAUGGCAUCAUAUAACCCAGAUGGUUUUUCAGACAAUUUUGAUGGGUCAGAAUUUGAUGCCCAUCGAAAAGCCAAAAUAUUGACAGAAAAGCAAGAAAAAAGUGAAGGUUUUGACAAUCCCUGUUUAGACAUAGACGAUGGAACAGACAAUUCUCCCGCCACUCUCCCGAUCACACAGGACGAUAUUCACAUCGACACCUCUCUACAAAGUAAUGGAAGCACUGCUCCCAAUACGUCAUCACCUCCAGUGACAUCACUUCCUGUUCUAUAUACUACAGAAACAGGUGGUUCCAAAGUUGUUAAAGAACAGGUCAUCAUUGGAGGUUCUAAUGGAAAAACAAUUCAAACUCAACAGACAUGUUGCCAAAAUGUUCCCGAGAGAUGGAGAGAUAUAGAAAGACAAAAACCAUUGACUCAAACCCGAAUCAAAGUGCUCAAAAUUUUAAGUAUUGUGGCAUCAAUUUUCUUCUUUCCCCUUGGAAUUCCUGCAGUUGUUUUUGCAUUCAGACUUCAGUCCACGCUAAACGAAGGCAUCAUGCAAGGGAACAUAGACAAGGCAAUAAGUUUAGCCAAACGGGUAGAGCGACUGAUUAUCUUUGCUGGACUCUUUGCUUUAUUAACAGGAAUUUUAGUGUUUGCCCUUGUUGAAAGAGCACAUAUGUCUGAGGAGGAAUUGAAAGCCAACCUUAGAAACAGAAUUUUACCUGGCUGAUACUGAAUAAUAUCAGUCAUUAACUAAAGUUGUGGAGUGAUAAAAAACCAAAUAACAAGCUCCUUUAAUUGAUUUCAUAAGUGCCAAACUUAUGCAUGUUGAUGGUAUUUUUGGCAGUGUAUAUAAAUGGGAUAUUUAUUUUUUGUAACUUAUACAUUUAGAAUCUCAUUUAUUCGUGUUCCUUUGCCUUGGAGAGUUACUCAAUUGUUUUUAUUUACACACUUGUAUUCCAUUUUCUUUCCCAAAAUAUUUAGACAAGUAAUUGUUUUGUCUAUGAACCUUAUACAAAUGUCUUAGUCGUACUAUUUCUAGAAACUCUUGAAGUAUAUAUAUAUUUGCUUGAGUUGUAUUUUUAAAGGGGCUUUUGAAAAUACAUUUUUGAAGGAAUUUUGCAAUCUUACAAUCAGGCAGGUGAAUCUUUUUUUUUUAAUUUGUAGUCAAUUUUUUAUUUCUAGUUUUCAAAACAAUAUCUCUAUAUAAGUUCUCUGUAUGAAUACUCAAUUUGCAAUGCGCGCUUUUUGUUUUUUAAAAGAUAUUUUUUUCUCAAACAACUAUUUUUCAUAUUGUUCAAAUUGGUACAUGUUUUAGAUUGUAAAAAUACUCAUAUUAACAUGUAAUCAUACAAGAGACGAAAAUUCUUUACUUUAAAGUCUUCAGUCUUUACGGGAAAGAAACGAAUUGGAGAAUCUAACUGUUAAUAUACCAAAAUGUAUUGUUUUAAAGAAAAAAAUAUAUCUAUAAACAUUUAAUUUUGUUUAUACAGUAUUGUGAUAUUUUCAUUGUCACGACUGCUUCCAAAACCUUUUACAUUUAUAUAUAUACUACAUUUUUUUAACAUCUGUGUCAGAUAUCAUCUUUGAAUGUUAUAUUUGAUAUUCUGCAUAAUAUGUACACAUGUUACAGUUUGAAUAAAACUUAUAAUAUUGACAA